AUGCUCUAUGACACCCCCCAGGAUUCGGAGAAACUUUUAUCUGGUCACAGGUCAAUGGAAUUAGAUGAGAUCGGGUGUCAAAAAGUGAAUAAAAAAUUAUGGACCACGAAACAUGAUGUUGCGCUUACCCAUAAAUCAAAGAUGAAGGUGUUUCAUGAUACCAAACAUCGAGUCAAGAAGUCCAGUAAUAAAAAUAAUGCUUACUUGUUCAAAGAAAGGUUUAAGCGUUAUCAUGGAAAGAUUAAAGGAAAAAUGGUUUAUUUAUACAAGGUCAAAGAAGGCAUGCUAUAUGGUCCAAUUUCUCAAAGUACGGUGAACAACCUCCUGGCUGACUUUCAAGGAAGUCAACUAGCAUAUGAUCCUCCAUUGGCAUCGCUCUAG